CUCCCCCCUCCCCCCCACAGGUCAUGUCAGCGGGGAGGAGUGCUGACGGGAGGGAGGUGCAGAUUCCCCUCCAGCAGGUGGCGCCCUCCCUGGCCACGCCCCUCUCAGUGGUUCCACCCAUCACACCGCCCUCUCACCGCCCAGCCAAUCCCUGGCCCCCCAGCGACCCAAACGCUUCUCAAGGUGUCCCUGCAGGUUUCCUGCCUCUUCACGGAGGAUUCAGAGAUCACUUUGUAGAAACUCCAGAAGCCAAAUACUGCUGCGAGGCCUGCAGGCUGGUCCUGUGUCAGCCCCGCCAAACCGAGUGUGGACACCGCUUCUGUCAGAGCUGCAUCCACGACAUCCUCAGUCAUCCAAACCCGGUAUGUCCAGCUGACAUGGAGCCUCUGUUCAAAGACAAGAUCUUCAGAGACGUUUGCUGCCAUCGGGAGAUCAUGGCGCUGAAGGUUUACUGCCGCAGUGAAGCUAACGGCUGCCAGGAGCAGAUGGGUCUGCAGCAGAUACCCGACCACCUGAAUGUGUGUCCGUUCUACGAGGUUCCCUGUCCGUUGGGUAAAUGUAAAGAGCGAAUGAUGAGGAAAGAGAUUCCCGACCACCUGAGCUGGAAAUGUAAACACAGAGAAACCAGCUGCGAGUUCUGCAUGACCAAGAUGCCUCUGACCGACCUGCAGAAACACAAAGAGACGGUGUGUCCGGCGUUUCCGGUGUCGUGUCCAAACCACUGCUCCUUCUCCUCUCUGCCCCGGAGUGAGCUGUCCGCUCAUCAGCACGAUUGUCCCAAAGCUCAGGUGAGCUGUCAGUUCCACCGCUUCGGCUGCACCUUCAAGGUAACUCCUCCUCUUCUCAGUGCGACUGUCCCACUGU